UCCGUACUAUUAAAAAAAAGAAUUCUAUUUUAUUUCUCACAGUGACGCUGUGAGGUUGUCGCCGCAAUUAUUUACGGCGUCGUCACCGUUCUAAUACGUCCAUGCAAUGUUAGUUGGCUCUCUGUCCCGCAAAGCAUUACGUUAUUUUUUUAGUGGCCACCACUUCAAUGUUGUGAUUAUUUUCACAUCUGAUUAAUCGUAUCGUGGUAGAGUAAGGCGAGGUUCGCGGUCGCAUCAUGUUUUGGGCAGGUAAUUACGUGUCAUCUCCUAAUAUCGAGGCACUUCUUAACAAAGAGGAUGUUACAUUGUUUGAGUUGAUGGAUGAUGAGGAUAUUUUACAAGAAUGUAAAAGCCAGAAUAAGAAACUUAUUGAGUAUCUUACAAGAUCUGAUGUAAUGGAAGAAUUAAUAACACUGACAACUAAAGAACCAUCACCAGAUAUAGAAGAACGUUGGCGUUACAAAUAUCCAAAUGUAGCUUGUGAGUUGCUCACUUGUGAUAUAUCAGUUUUAAAUGAAAAAUUAGCAGGCAAUGAAGCACUUUUGGCAAAACUUUAUUCUUUUAUUGAUACUGACCAACCGUUGAAUCCUCUUUUGGCAUCAUUUUUUAGUAAAACUAUUGGAGUACUUAUCGGUCGCAAAACUGUUCAGAACUGGUAUUCGUAUCAGUUCACUUGUUUGCAGCUCUUAGAAUUUCUGAAAAGUCGUGAAACAUGUGUCGACCUACUUUUACAACAUUUAGAGACUUCUGCAAUUAUGGACUUAGUACUGAAACUCGUUAGUCAGGUUGAAGGAAAUAUGCGGCAAAAUAUAUUAAGUUGGUUAGAUAGUCAACAAUUAGUGCAAAGAGUGAUAAAGUUAUUAUCCCCUAAUUCUGAACCAAGUAAACAUGCAAAUGCUGCACAAUUACUUGGUGAUAUGAUAAAUGCUGCUAGAGAAUAUCAACGUACAUCAUCAGCACGCACUGGUCCAGAUCCUAUUUUAAAUACUCUUGAAUCAGCAGAAACAGUAAGCCUGUUACUAGAGACUAUUUUAACGGGAGAGAAACUAGAAAGUAGUAUUAUUGGUGGAAUUCAGGUACUUCUUACACUUUUACCAAAAGCUAACAAUGGAAGAAAUGAGGGCAGUGUCAAUGGAAAUGGCACUGAAGAAGAAGUUACAGAUAAUGAAGAACGUAUCAAAAUUGCAAAUGCAACCUUGCCUUAUUUAGAACAGCUUAACAAACUUCUGUUGGAUCCACCUUAUCCUCCUGUUAAAACAACUACUGGGGUAUUAGAAUGUCCGGUAGGCAUUACACGUUUACACGUUACAAAGUUGUUUACAACAUUGAUGGCAACAGAAUGUGUAGGCAUUUAUGAAACCUUAAUAGACUUAGGAACAUUCCAAACGUUACUGGAUUUAUUUUUUAAAUAUACGUGGAACAAUUUUCUACAUACUCAAGUACAAUAUUGCCUGGCUUUAGCUAUUAAUUGUGAUUUGAAGGAAACAAAUAACAUUAUUUAUUAUAAUAUAUUUAUCGAAUGCAGAUUAAUAGAUCGAAUUUUGGAAGCAUGGGAUAAAAAUGACAGUAAACAGAAUAAGGAAAAUGAAAAUCAGCCGGGAUAUAUUGGCCAUUUAAUAAACAUUGCAAAUAACAUCGUUAACCAACGUGAAAAAAGUGAAAAUUUAGAUGAAUUUUUGAUAUAUAAUUUAUCACCUGAGUGUCUUAGUAAAUGGGAUCUCUUUGUGAAUGUAGAAUUAGCAAAAAUUAAUAAGACUCAACAAAUUGUUUUGGGUGGAAAAUUGCAAGCGACAAGUUCCAAUGAAAACCUAGAUGGAUAUACAGAUUACCCUCAACAACAAUUUCUCAAUGUUCAGCGAGUUGAAGUAUUCUACUCCAAUUAUCUGGGACAACAUAUGGCGCCACAGUUUACUGAAAAUUUUGGAUUAUACGAGUAUCACUUUAAUGACCGUGAUGAUGCCCUUCAUAACUCGGUUGACCAAUUAACAACGUUGGCCUUUACUCUCAGUGAAGAAGAUCUCGACAAGAGGGAAGAUAUGUUCAAUAAGAUAUGUCAGCAAAAACAAAAGGCUGACUUGGAGGACUGUAAUCCAGGAGUAGAAUGGGGCGAUGAAGGUGAACUUACCUUUCAAACAGUGGUAGAUAAACGUGAUUGGCCAACAAAACAGCAACAUAAUGACUCUAAUUCGUCCGACGAAGAUGAUGAAGAUCCACGAGAUAUGCAUAUGGAAAUCGAUUCUACUGAGCCUGGGGAUUCAACCAAACCAUUACCUACUAGUACUGCACUUCCUGAGGUGAAUCCAUGGGACGUUGUACAAUCAGAAUCAGUUGUAUCUACUGGUUGGGCAAAUUUUGAUAAUUUUGAAAACACUUUUAAUAUGGAGAAUACUGUGAUAAUAGAUGAUGAGAAUAAAAUGGAAAUUUUGUUCAGAAACAAAGGACCAGUAGAACCCAUUGGAGCAGGUGAUAUGAAAAUUGAUGAUUCUGUUGACAGUAGUACUGUUUCAUUAGUAAAAACGAAUAUAAAUCACCAAAGUACUGAGAGUAGUUUAUAUUCUGGUUGUACUGCCGAUAAAAAUGCAAAUCCCAGCGAAACUGUAGGUAGCAGAGAAAUCAAGUGUGGAGAAAACGUAAAGAGUACGGAACUUGCAACAACCACGGUACAAAAUGAAAAGUCUUCGAAUGAUUGUAAAAUCUCAUGUAGUUUAGAAAAUGCAACAACGGAAGCUGUAUUACCAUCAACAGAUGCCAAGUGAAAAAUUAUUUGUUGAGUAUGGCAUUGCAAUAGAAUAAAAAAAAAAAUCAUAUCAAGUAUAAAUUUCUACGAAUGAUCAGAAUAUAUAUUACGUCCCUAUAUUUUCAUUAGAUCACAUUAAUUGUGCUUCAAUGCGUUGGCGCCUGGUAACAACUUACAGCAGGGUAUAAGUAUGGAAUGAAAAGUAAAAGACUAACCGACGCUCAACUAUGAAUAGUAUAUUACUUGAUGUAUAUGUACAUGUUCUCGG